AGUCAUUCGUCUCCUUAGUCGGUGCGGUGAAGAUUUCCGAUCAGUUCACAGCGACUUUAUAAAAUUCAGGCUACCAGCAGCUGUGUUCUGGAUCAAUAUGUCUAGUACAGCAUGCUUUAUGAUAAUUAGCAGAAAUGACAUACCUAUCUAUGAAGCUGAAGUCGGAACUGCUCCUAAAAAAGAAGAGGCUGCGCAUCAGCACCAGUUCAUCCUCCAUGCAGCUUUGGAUGUUGUCCAAGAUCUUGCAUGGACAACAAGUGCUAUGUUUCUGAAAGCAAUUGACAGAUUCAAUGAUUUGGUGGUGUCGGUAUAUGUUACAGCUGGUCAUACACGAUUGAUGCUGCUUCAUGACUCCCGCAAUGAUGAUGGGAUCAAGAGCUUUUUCCAAGACGUCCAUGAGCUUUACAUUAAGAUUCUUCUGAAUCCUCUUUACCUACCAGGAUCUCGUGUUACGUCUUCGCAUUUUGAUACAAAGGUACGAGCUCUUGCAAGAAAAUAUCUAUGAGUUCAUCGUCUUACAUCUUCACUUUGUGAGUCGAUUAAAGUUUCUAAUACUUUUAAACUCGAGAUCUGGCUUUGAGCUAGGUCUUUAAUUCCUAUAUCAACGUGUUUCGGCCACACUCGAUUGUAGCUUUAGGCUGUUUGUGACUAUUAUCAUCUGGGAGCACGAUUUAGGGCAUAAUAUGCUUUGGCAAUCUACUCUUUUGAGGUAGAGGUCAAGUCUUCUUACAUAUUACCACCCCCCUAAACCCCACCUCCGGGUGGGAUAUACUGGGCUCGUUUGGUUUGGUUUAGUUUAUGCUAUGACGAUGUCAUUUAUGUAUUUGAUAUCGACUCUAAAAAUGGAAGCUUGAAUACAAAACUCAAAAUGUAUGUCUUCUUUUGGAAUGGAGUAUGUAGAUCUCUAUCAAA